AUGAAAAGGGAUGUAGCUGAAUUUGUGGCUCGGUCUCUCACUUGCCAGCAAGUGAAGGCAGAUAGACAACGGCCCCAAGGCUUUCUACAGUCAUUGCCCAUGCCAGAAUGGAAAUGGGAGCAUAUCACCAUCGACUUCAUCACUGGACUGCCUCGCACACCCAAAGGUGUUGAUGCUCUAUGGGUUAUUAUGGAUAGAUUGACGAAGAUAGCUUAUUUCAUCCCAAUCAAGGUCACCUAUUCUAUAGAUAAGCUGGCCCGCUUACACAUUGAUAACAUGGUUCACCUGCAUAGAGUUCCAGUUAGUAUUAUCUCUGAUCGAGAUCCCAGUUAUCAAGCUACUAUCAGAAUAGCGCCAUUUGAAGCUCAGUAUGGGAAGAAGUGCCAUACUCCAUUGUACUGGGACAAAGUAGGUGAGCGGUGUAUCCUUGGGCUAGAAUUGAUCCAAGCAUCCUAUGAGAAGGUGGACUUGAUCCACAAGCGAAUCAAGGCUACCCAGUCUAGGCAAAAGGCCUAUGCAGACCAAAGGCAUAAGGAUCUAGAGUUCCUUAUCGGUGACAAGCAAGAAGGGCAAGCUAAGCUUGAGAUAUAUUGGGCCUAUGAGAUUCUUACGAAGAUUGGAUCGGUGGCUUAUCGGUUAGCUUUUCCACCAUCUUUGGAUGACGUGCUCAACGUCUUCUACGUAUCUAUGUUGCAAAACAAAGUGGUGAAUCUCCGCAAUAGACCUAUUCACUAUGUGAAAGUGAAGUGGUGCAACCACACAGAGGAAGAAGCCUCCUGGGAAGUCGAGGUGGAAAUGCGAGCAAAGUACCCUUCCCUUGGAUUCUUACAAGAUUCCACUGUCGUGUACGCUGGUUCAUACAAUGGUAGUGACUUUAAGGUCAUUUUUGGAAGGCUUAAUGGAAAUUCUGGGUGA